AUGUCUGGCCAAUUUUAUCCCGAAUACGGUGAAGUCUUAAGCGUUGUGUUGUCCUCUUCCCCAUCAGGAGCUGUGGAGAUCAAGGUCUCUGAAGAUCCGGUGGUGGCCCUGGUUGGCCACGACGCCAUUCUCCACUGUUCCUUCUCGCCGGAGGCCAACUUCAGUCUGAACGAACUCAGCCUCUUCUGGCAGGUGACCGAUACCAACCAGAUGGUGCACGGCUUCACGGAAGGCCGGGAUCAGCCGGCCUACCAGGGCAGCACCUACGCCAACCGCACGGCCCUCUUCUACGACCAGCUGGCCCACGGCAACAUGUCCCUGCUGCUACGCCGGGUGCAGAUUUCCGACGAAGGGAGCUUCACCUGCUUCGUCAAAGUGCGAGACUUCAGCAGGGCGGCUGUUAGUCUGCAAAUGGCAGCUAGGAGUUUUCCUCGGGUCAUCCCAGUCCAGGGCGUUGGCAAUCACAGUGUCCCUCCCACCACCCCAUUUUCCCUUCUCUGUCUCCUCCCAGGACAACACCUUCUGUUCCCAGCAGUAGCUCUGUGGGUCACCGUAGGGCUGUCGAUUUGCCUUGUGGUCCUUCUGAUGGUCCUGGCGUACGUCUGCCAGAAGAAGAUCCGUCAGAGUUGCAAAGAGGAGAAAGCGAAAGCCGCUUUGCAACCUCUGAAAAAUAUGGAUGUCAAGGAAGAGAUGGCCGAAGAAAUUGAUUGACGAUGUUGGAGGUCAAAGCGUUAAGACAUCUCUCAAGGCCAAAGUUGUCAAGCCAACCCCUUGAGAUCUUCCUCCAGCAUAGAGAGUAGAAGAGGCAAGAGUGAAUUGCCUUGAAGCCUACCACUCAAUCCUCCAGAUGCCUUCUUACAGAUUCUUGCCUUCUCCACGGACCUGACCCUCCUACCGUCGACUGAAAAAGAGGCUGGAACUCAACGUACUUCUAUCCUUGUCCCAACCUUGAGAUUCAUCCAACAAACCCCAAAACUGCUUAUUCUUCUCCCUGUUGACCUUACAUGACAAAAACCUGAUCCCUAUCUGCCCAGGGAUCAUAAUUUGGAUGCACACAAAGACCCCACAUUUGUUCUGACUCAGGCUUCCUUAGAAAGCAAGAAGCAAAGUCUUGGUCCCGAGAAAACCUCUUUUAUUUACAGGACUGUGAAUCCUU